AUGGACAAAAAAGAUCUAUUUGUCGCUGAGGAUGAAGACAUCUCGGAGUCUCCUGCCCCAGAAGAGUACCAGGACACUAACGAAGGUGUCAUGGAGGAGGAAGAGGACGAUGACCCGGUGAUCCUGACCAUGCCUAUAGUCCAUGGAUCACUACCACACAGAUCAUCUCAAUCACUCCAUGUGCUCCAGUACACAAGCAGACCAAAGAGUCGCCCAUUUGACCAGGAGCGUCUCAGAUCAUCUAUCAAGGUCGGCAGCAAGGUUUUGGAAAUGAAGGUUCCAAUGGACACAAGCAAGUUCUACGAUGAGGGCCGUGCUGAAGAAUUAGGUACUCGAGUUGCUACAUCAAACUUACAGGGCGUUCUCACAGGCACUGAUGGUGGUUUGUAUGUUGGCCAAAUCGUCGAGAAAGAUGGUAACCUUCAGAUGGUGCUUCUUCCAGUUGAUAGCACAGCACAGCUCAAACCGCUGUUCAAGUACAUUGAUGAUCUAGAAACGACACGCACUACUCAAUCGAAGCAAGAAGUGAGCACACUGGAUCCUACAAAGCAAAGUGCUGUUCAUGUGUUGCAAACUGCGGCCAAAGCCAGCAACCAGUUGCUGUCUGAGGGUACCUUUGGAGGGUUGGGUUCUUGUCUCAAGCAUAUUAAAAAGUUUGACGAGGAGCCAUGGACAACUUUAAGCUGGAGAACCACAGCAGAUCCAUCCACUCAAGAAAUGUUGGGAAGCCUUCAGUCUCCAUCUCAAGAUCCUACUGAGGCAGUCACAGCAUACUCUGAUUUCGCAUAA